UCUGUUCUUCCAUCUGGUUGUUUCCUGCAAACAAAAAAAAAUCCCUAUCCAUUUUUAUCUGUUAGCGCACUUGUUCUCUGAAUAAGUUUAGCUGCUCACCUUACUACUUGGUGUAGUUCUUAACAUAUCUGAACCAAACAUGGAGCAGCAACCUCAGAAGAAGAUGGUUGUGUCCAAGAAGAUCAUGAAGGUUGGGCCAUGGGGCGGCACCGGAGGGAGCCCCUGGGACGACGGCGGUCACACCGGCGUUCGUAGCAUCACCCUGUCGUACGACCGGUGCAUCGACUCCAUCGCCGUCGAGUAUGACCGGAACGGCGUCGCCGUCGCCGGCGAGCGGCACGGCGGCGCCGGCGGCAACCAGACCACCCAGAUCAAGCUGGGCUUCCCGGAGGAGUACCUGACGGCGGUGAGCGGGCACUACGCGGCGGUGGCGCAGGGCGGCGCGCCGGCGGUGAUCAGGUGGCUGGCGUUCAGGACCAACCGGAGGGAGUACGGGCCGUUAGGCGGCGGCGCGGCGGAGGGCACGCCGUUCGCGUUCCCGGUGGACGGCGGCGCCAUCGUCGGGUUCUGGGGGAGGAGCGGCCGGCAGCUCGACGCCGUCGGCCUGCACGUCGCGCCGCUGCGGCCGGAGACCAUGUACGAGAAGGCGCACAAGCUCGGGCUCAUGGCGUACCGCUCGGUCCGGCAACGCUUCGGGCCUCAGCAGCAGCAGCAGGUGCAAGUGCAACAUCACAACAGCUUUGCACUCUCACAGAGUGGCAGAACUUUCUAGAGCUUCCGCUUGUCAGAAACUCACAAUGCAAAAUCAUCUCCCUCACGGGUUCACAUUCUCUACCAUAAUAACAUUAUCAUUGCAAAUACUUCAAAAUAUUUGACACUAUUGACUUUUUAGUACGUGUUUGACUAUUCGUCUUAUUCAAAAAAAUUUAAGUAAUUAUUUA